AUGAAGGAAUUAGAAUUAUACCCAGACAGGUUUCAGACAUUUUAUGGAAUGGAAAAAGAGACUUAUAAUAUUUUGCUUAAUAAAUUAAGAACUCGUUUAACGAAACAGUGGACCAAGUUCAGCGAACCAAUAAGCCCGGAAGAAAGAUUGCUCAUCACUUUAAGGUAUUUUGCAUCAGGCAAUUCAUUUAAAGCGCUGUCAUACUAUUUCUUGAGAGGUCCGACAAGCAAUCGCAGAAUUGUUCAUGAGACAUCACAAGUGAUUUGGGAGCUAUUACAACCAGAGUACAUGCCGAUACCGACUACAAAUAAAUGGAUAGAAGUAGAAAAUCGCUUUUAUGACCUAUGGAAUCUACCUAAUUGCAUCGGAGCAGUUGAUGGGAAGCACAUUAUGAUACAAUGUCCACCAAGAUCAGGAUCUGCUUAUUACAACUAUAAAGGAUAUUAUUCUAUAGUUUUACAAGGAGUGGUGGACGCCGAUAGCAUGUUCAUAUGUAUCGACAUUGGAGAAUUAGGUCGAAAUAGUGAUGGUAGAGUACUAAAAGAAAGCAGUUUCGGGAACGCACUCGCACAUGGCAAUCUAAAUUUACCUGAACCAUCUCCUUUACCUGGUGAGGAAAUAAACUUUCCCUUUUAUUAUGUUGGAGAUGAAGCGUAUGCUCUAACCAAAAACUUUAUGAAACCCUAUACUCGUAAUCAACUGACAAAUGAAAGAAGGAUGUUAAUCAUCGUCUUUCACGUGGUCGCAAAUCAGUGGAGUGUACAUUCGGAAUGUUAA